AUGGCGACGGCCUCCGGUUGUUAUGGCCUCCGGUUGUUAUGGCGACCGGCCUCCGGUUGUUAUGGCGACGGCCUCCGGUUGUUAUGGCGACGGCCUCUUGUUUACAGGCCCUUAGGAGGGCGACAGUGUCCUGACUGUGGGGUCGUCAGUGUCCUGACUGUGGGGUCGGUCAGUGUCCUGACUGUGGGGUCGGUCAGUGUCCUGGCUGUGGGGUCGGUCAGUGUCCUGACUGUGGGGUCGGUCAGUGUCCUGGCUGUGGGGUCGGUCAGUGUCCUGGCUGUGGGGUCGGUCAGUGUCCUGGCUGUGGGGUCGGUCAGUGUCCUGACUGUGGGGUCGGUCAGUGUCCUGACUGUGGGGUCGGUCAGUGUCCUGACUGUGGGGUCGGUCAGUGUCCUGACUGUGGGGUCGGUCAGUGUCCUGACUGUGGGGUCGGUCAGUGUCCUGGCUGUGGGGUCGGUCAGUGUCCUGGCUGUGGGGUCGGUCAGUGUCCUGGCUGUGGGGUCGGUCAGUGUCCUGGCUGUGGGGUCGGUCAGUGUCCUGGCUGUGGGGUCGGUCAGUGUCCUGACUGGGGGGUCGGUCAGUGUCCUGGCUGUGGGGUCGGUCAGUGUCCUGGCUGUGGGGUCGGUCAGUGUCCUGACUGGGGGGGUCGGUCAGUGUCCUGACUGGGGGGUCGGUCAGUGUCCUGGCCCGUGGUUCUGGUUAGACCUGAAAUGGAGCCAGUGUCUCCCCAGAUCCUCUCCUUGUCGGAAGCAUCCAUCUUCUAGCACUGAAACGACUUCUGGUUGUGUGAGUUAGUUUGUUCUUUGCCAAAAUACCUGCUUGGAAGAGCUCAGCGGUUUCACCGCCCCCCCCCCAAUGCUGUCUUAAGAAAAGGUAGAGAAAUCAACGUGCUUCCUCCUCCUCUUCCUCGCCACUGUCCUCCCAGUGUGUGUGUGUGACGUCAGUGGGACUGAACCAUAAAGCUGAUCCCUGUAUCUAUGCAUAUUGUAGCCAAUCACAAGGACUACAGACACGGGGAGGAGGGGCUUAAUUCUGUCCGUGUCACAAUAAUAGUGUUUUUUUUGUGUUUCGGCUUCUUCUUCGUACCUCCCUAGAUGGUGGUCUGUCUGUGGUCGCUGCUGGGGGGGGGGCGAGGGGGGGGUGAAUGUAACCUAUCGGUGGUCGUAAACACAACUCAUUUGAAUAACUGAGCGUUUAGAUUUACCCCCGCUGUUUACCAUAUUGAUUGUUUUAAGUUAUGAUGACGCGCAGCGUGUGAGAGCUGCAAAACAGGGAGGAGAUGUCGGCAUUAGGACCUUCAUUUCUUUACUUACAUUUAGUAUCUAUAGAAACUAAGAUAAUCCAACUGUUUCUCUCCAGGAGUUUUAUUGGACUAGUAGAAGUUGCUAGUUGUGUGUUUCUUCUCCUCUCCUCUCCUCUCCUCCUCCUCUUCUCCUCUCCUAGUUGUGUGUUUUGACGUUGUGUUCCUUGACUGUAUUGAAUACCUUUAUAAAGGCAUUAGCGUACAACAGACUCUCCUCUCCUCCUCUCCUCUCCUCUCCUCUCCUCUCCUAGUUGUGUGUUUUGACGUUGCGUUCUUUGACUGAAUUGCUCCUCUCCUCCUCCUCCUCUCCUCUCUCCUCUCCUCUCCUCUCCUCUCUCCCCCUCCUCCUCUCCUCUCCUCUCCUCUCCUCUCCUCUCCUCUCCUCUCCUCUCUCCUCUCCUCUCCUCUCCUCUCCUAGUUGUGUGUUUUGACGUUGCGUUCCUUGACUGAAUUUCUCCUCUCCUCUUCUCCCUCCUCUCCUCUCCUAGUUGUGUGUUUUGACGUUGCGUUCCUUGACUGUAUUGCUCCUCCUCCUCUCCUCCUCCUCCUCCUCCUCUCCUCCCUCCACAUCUCUCCUCCUCCUUCCUCCUCCUACAAUCUCCUCUCCUCCUCCUCCUCCUCCUCUCCUUUCCUCCCUCCUCCUCCUCUCCUCUCCUAGUUGGUGUGUUUUGACGUUGCGUUCUUUGACUGAAUUGCUCCUCUCCUCUCCUCCUCUCCUCCCUCCUCCUCCUCUCCUCUCCUAGUUGUGUUUUGACGUUGUGUUCCUUGACUGUAUUGCUCCUCCUCCUCUCCUCCUCCUCCUCAUCUCCUCUCCUUCCCCUCCACAUCUCUCCUCCUCCUCCCUCCCUCCUCCACAUCUCCUCUCCUCCUC